UUCAGUGCUGUUUUGCGGGUUCUUUUUCGCGGCAAUCCGAACGUGAUGCACAGAUUGAGGAGGAAUGUGACAGCUGAUUUUUUUAUGUUAAUAUAGAAGAUUCUUCAUAUUUGAACAUCAGAGGACACAAUAACAAUGGCAUCAGUCACUGCAGAGGACAUCAAAUGUGAACUGGACACUUUCAACAUCGCCUUCAACAAUGACACUGUAGAUAAAACAUCCUUCAUAAGUGCAACCCCUUCUCAAAAAUACGGCACGCGUGGUGGGCGAGGAGAGGUGGUUUCGUCAUUUGGGGCAGUGCAGGGUCCUCGCUGGACGGGUAAAGGACAGAGCGCUGUGAGGGUUGAGAUGCUAGAAGGAGGAGAGAAUUCACUCAUCAGCAGCUACAAAUACAUGUUCCAGAGACUGAGAGACGUGCGGGACGUUUUGACCGAAAAGAUUGAAGAACUCGGAGAGGAAUUGCGAAGUCAUUUUAACAUAGAGGAAUUCUCUCCAGUUUCAUUACCUGUUCAGGAUAGCAUCACAGUGCUGGGGCAAGUGUGUUGUGACAGUAACGGGAAGCUCAAUACCCAAUCUGUGCUGCUGGAGGCCGGACAGGAACAGGGGGGCAGACAGGUGCCUGUGGAUCUGUCUGAGCUCAAAGAGUUCUCACUUUUUCCUGGACAGGUUGUCGUGAUGGAAGGUAUGAAUCCCUCUGGGGAGAGGUUUGUUGCUACCAAACUAUACGAGGGUAUUCCCCUGCCUUUUUACUGUCCUUCCGAAGGGAAACAAGAAAUGGAUGAGGUGUCUGAGCCUGUGAUGGUCAUGAUGGCUUGUGGACCGUACACCCCCUCUGAAAGUCUGACCUAUGACCCUCUGAUUGACCUCAUUACUAUCAUCAAUAAAGAUCGUCCUGACAUGUGCAUUCUGUUUGGGCCUUUUGUUGAUUCCAAACAUGAGCAGAUUGAGAAAAACCAGGUAACAGAAACAUUUGAAAACAUCUUCAAGAGAUGUGUGGACAGCAUAGUAGAAGGAACCAAAGGGUCGGGAUGCAGGUUAGUGUUUGUGCCGUCUCAGAGGGAUGUCCAUCAUCAUUACAUUUAUCCUCAGCCACCCUUCAACCUGAGCAACCUCAGCAAAGAUGAUUCAGCGCGAGUGACCUUAGCCCCUGACCCCUGCACGCUCCUCAUUGGUAAUGUGACAUUUGGCCUGACCUCUACAGACAUUCUGUUUCAUAUGGGAGCUGAAGAGAUCAGCAGUGGCACGGGCACAGAACGUUUCUCGCGGAUCAUGAAACACAUGUUGACCCAGAGAAGCUACUAUCCUCUCUAUCCUCCUGCGGAGGAAGUCAACAUGGAUUAUGACAAGUUUCAGCAAUUCGGCCAAAUGAACCUCACACCUGAUAUUCUUAUCGUUCCUUCUGAACUACGGUAUUUCAUCAAGGAUGUGAUUGGCUGUGUGUGUGUCAAUCCUGGUCGUCUCACUAAAGGACAGGUGGGCGGGACUUACGGAAGGUUACUCAUUCAGCCAAACCCUGUGCUGGUGGAGGGGAAGAGAGUGAGCCCAUGUAUUGCAGGACAGGUGGUGAAAAUAUGAUACAAUUUAUCCUUUCUACUGCUUGAACUUUAUUAAAUCAUGUCUGUAUUUUUUUUUGUCUGUAUUAAAACUUUUCACUUAAAGUGGCUGGAAAAUAAAA